GCAUUUCCAUUGGUUUUAGCUUCUGUCUUCAUCACCUACUGUGUUGCCUUACAGCCUUAGUAUUGGCCAGGGGAACCUAAUUCAGCAAGGGUGUGGCUUGAACACUGGAUGAGAUUGCGCUUCUGUGAACCUCCUUAUUUAAUUUGGAGUCUUGCCUCAAAGUCUCAGGUAAAGGUUGAACGUAAUGAACAUGAGCAAGGCAAGACCGAACAAACUAUCUGGAAACUGUCCAAUGGAAAAGUUGAAAAUGGCUCUAAUUGUGCUACUUCAGAGAAUGAAAAACAUAAACACAAUCCAAGGAAAGUUUCCGCAAACCCAGCUGAUCUAGUUCGGGAACAACCCCAAAAUGAGAUUGGGAAGGUUAAGCCCAACUUAAGGAAAAUUCCUGACUCUACAAAGGAGAUAUCUGGUAGGGCAGAAGUGAAUACUGAGACUCCAAAUCAAACUCUAAAGAAAACUUCUGCUUCUUCUGUGGUGGAUGUUUUUGAGGGGGAUUCUGCAUUUCUGUGCUGAGAAGAGGAAUGUUGCUAGUGUUGCAUCAACAAAACCAUCAAAUCUUAAGGCCAAUCCAAAACUGUUGACUGCAAGUGAUUCUGUUGAAGAAUCAAACACUGCCCCUGCUGUAGACUUACAACCUACAGAAAGCAAUGGUAAAGUUGAGAACAUGCAUGCAAGUGAUGAACAGUUAAGCUCUUAAGGAUGGCAUUAUCAGCAGUGAGAAGUGGAACACAAGCCAAAGAAGAGCUUCUUUACCUGGAAAGAUUGAUAAUAAAGCCAAUGGUUUAUAUAGCACACCAAAAGUGCUGAGUUAUAUGGCACCUACUGAAUCUGUUAAGUCAAAGCUCAGAGGAUAAGGCUCCCCAAGAUUUUCGCGUGAUGUAAUAGAGAAAAAGGGGGUAACUAGGCAGCAUUCUCUGCCAUCUGCUACCAAUAGCAACUUAAGUUAUCACCAAGGGCAGAGAGAUUGAUUCUAGCAUCUGGAAAAGGUGCUCUGAGAAAUGAUAAAUCACUUCAUCAUCUAGAGGUGCUGGUGGUAAGAAAACUUGAGUCCUCUUUCAUAUGCCUUGUGUUUCUGGUGUGCAAUGUGAGUAUACCUUUGGAUAUAUUACUUUUAUAUAAGUUUAUAAAAGGACUUAUUUGUACAUGCAUUUAUGUCUUGAUCUGUAUGUGCACUUGUGCAUAAAAUAUAUUGGUUCUUUGUAAUGUCAAAAUUGUUUAGCAGUCAAAACUUUCAGUAUUGGUGCAAACUUGACUAUGAUUUCUAGACUAGAAAUUUGGGGUCUAUGCCAAUUAAUGCUCCUUUAUUAACUAUUUCUAAUUGGCCUUUUAACCAAAACUGAGUAUCUUUAACAAUUGAAGUCAAGGAUGAUGGCAAAAAAGAGUGGUUUUUCAUAAUUCAAAAUUCAUUUAAUCUGAAUGAUUCUACAUUCUGACUCUAUGUUAUUGUUGGUUUGCCAAUUGCAGAUAAGGGGAUCAAAGCUGACUGGAGAAGGUAUUUUGCAUGAGAACCUGUUCUUGUUGAAUUCCCAUGAAGGUAGAGAAACAUGCAACUUAACAGCAGGGUUCCCUCUUUAUGUAGUUGAUUUCUGAGGUUU